UUGUCAGUAAACUUGACGCGCACUUUCCCGUUAGUUUAGCGGACGGAGCACUGCGGCGAAAUGCCAAACCAGCGCAUGCGCACUACUUAUGUGCCCUAUGGAAGCUGCAGCAUUAUGGCGUAAGCAGCCUACUUAGUGCACUAGAGAUAAAGGAGGGAUUGAUUUGUAGCCCGGGGUCAGGAGUUUUUAGAAUUCACGGCCCGAGACUGACCGCUCCAGAGGUACAGCUAACCUCACUCAGCUCGCUGACCCCAAAAUCCCCGAGUGUGUGUGUGUGUGUGUGUGUGUGUGUGUAAUGAUGUCACUGGUUUCCAGUGUGGUUAACGGUGUGGGAUCGGAGCUGGUGUGUGUGUUGGUGUAUGUGGUGUGUGUGUUGGUGUGUGGGUUUGGGGCACUCGGAGCACUGAGAGUGUCGUGGAGAAGCGGAUCACACUCAGACACCCGUCUCUCCUCUCUCAGCUGUCUCUCUGCAGGUGUGUUUUUAUCGUCCUGUCUGCUGGACAUUAUUCCAACUUUUCUAAAAGAAAUGAGAGAGACAUUCACAGAGCUCAGCGUGAUCCUGUACUUCCCGGUGCCAGAGUUCAUCAUGUCUGUGGGUUUCCUGUUCCUGCUGGUGAUGGAGCAGCUGCUCCUGACCCUGAGGGACGAGCGUGAGGGACAGCACGGACAGACAGAUGGACGAGAGGAGAAGGAAGCCCUGUGCUCGGGGGCGGUCCGGCCGCGUCCCGAUCCCUCCCUGUCCCCCCUCCGUUCGUCCAUGCUGCUCCUGUCCCUCUGUCUGUUCUUCACCCUGCAGGGUUUAUCGGCGGAGACGGUGCGGCCGCGUCCCCAUCUCCUCCUGCGCACUGCCCUGGUCUCCUGCAGCCUGGCCGUCCUGCUCAUUCACGGUCAGAUGAGACGCUUCGCGGUGUCGGUCAGCAUGGCAGCGCUGUCCUCGGCGUUCCCACUUGGACUCAUCCUGCGGCACGCACAAACACACUGGUCCUUCCACCUGGCUCGCUCCACGCUCCAGGGGCUGAGUGUAGGGAGCUUCAUCUACCUCGUCUUCAUGGACGUCCUGCCCCGCGUAACGAGCGCUAACCAGAAACGUAUCGCUAAUGUAACACUGAUCCUCACGGGGUUCAGUGUGUUCACCGCCAUGCUGCUCCUCUAACACGCGCACACACACACACCCACACACACCCACACACACACUCACGGGGUUCAGUGUGUUCACCGCCGCGCUGCUCCUCUAACACCCACACACACACACACACACACACACCCACACACACACACACACACACACACACACACACACCCACCCACACACACACUCACGGGGUUCAGUGUGUUCACCGCCGCACUGCUCCUCUAACACCCACCCACACACACACCCAUCCACCCACACACACACACACACUCACGGGGUUCAGUGUGUUCACCGCCGCACUGCUCCUCUAACACCCACACACACACACACACACACACACACACACACACACACCACACACACACCCAUCCACCCACACACACACACACACUCACGGGGUUCAGUGUGUUCACCGCCGCACUGCUCCUCUAACACACACCCACACACACACACACACACACACACACACACUCACGGGGUUCAGUGUGUUCACUGCUGUGCUGCUCCUCUAAACAUACACACACACACACACACACACACACACACAGAUAUCUCAGUACAAUCUGUACACUACAUCUUCCCUAGCAAAGUGUUGAACACUCACAGUCCAGUUACCAUGACAACUGGUGAUGUUCUGAAUCACUAUGGGAUAUAAAUAUGGACACACACACUACAAAUGUCUGACCUUAGAAGUGGACAGUUGUGAGUGUAAGUGUAGAUGUAGGACUUCCUGUUUGUGAUGUAAACAUGUUUCAUUAAACUCAGAUAUUUUAUCCACAUUCCCUCUGUUCUCUCUUCUACUGAACUACACACAGGGCUCUGGAUACUGCAGGGUACCUCAUCUACACUACUGUACCAUUAACCAGUGUGUGUGUGUACAGCUCUGGAAAAAAAUAAGAGCCCACUGCCCAAUCUCCAGAUGUGAACCCUAAACCUCACGAAUAAAUGGUCACAAACCAUCAAGCAAA